ACGAAUCAGGAAAUCAAGGUUUCUGGCAACGAUAAGUCAGGAUCUCUAGUGAGCGUUUUUUCGCUCGUUUGUAAGAUGAAACAUCUAUAAUAUCGUGUCGACUGAAGCUAUGAACAUCUACGAAAUCUUGAAGAGUUUUCGGGCUCCUCUGAGCGAAGAACAAGCUUGGGCUGUGUGUUAUCAAUGCGCCGGGGAGUUGAUAUCGAAACGAGAAAAGAGUUUUGAGAAUUUACAACCACAAUUCAUUGAUGUCAGCCUUGAAACCACACGAAUACGUAAAGAUGGUUCGAUUGAACUGACCAGAGUUUCUUCGGAAAGACCAUCGCAGAAGACGGCAGACGUUUUGUUUCGACUAGGAAGCCUGAUCUAUGAGUGCUUGGAUUAUGGAAUGGAAGCGUUCAUGGAGAGGGAAUUAGACCCUUCGCUAGAAAGACUAAUUCUCGACAUGACGUGUGAACAGGGAGACGAGGGGAUAUCUGUGCCAGAAGAGUUCGAAAGGAAAGUAGUGGAAGGCUUCAAGGAUGGCAGCCUAUCGCGAAGGGAAAGGCGUCUUUCACAUAAAGGAGAAUGUACGGCAAAAGAAAUUAAUUUGGAGAUGGUUUUGCAAAGGUGUACAAACCAUUUGACAGAAGAUAUUUCUGACCCUCAGGGACAUUUUAAAGCAGUUUGUCGGGCUUUGGUGAAUGAAGCUCUCGAACUGUCAGAAUUUCUGCGUCAGCUUUAUAAUGGAAGUACUCUAAUGUCGCAAAGCUGGGGUAAGGGAACUGGCCUUACCAACUGGGCUUACUUGCAAAGUUUACAUGCAUCUGAAUGGGCUAAAUUGUGGCUUCAAGCAAUGAGAGAAUUACGCGAGGGAGUUACUUUACGACAUGUUGCUCAUCGCACUAAGCUACCGGCUUCUUCCUUCGAAAUGACUCCAUUUGAAAUGCUACUGGACGAUAUACGCUACCAUCGAUUCCAGCUCAACCAUGUCUCUGUAACGACUCAACGAAAGAAGGAAGACGCGCACGACAUCAUUCUAGACUUUAUUCGCUCAAGACCGCCUCUUUCUAAGACCUCGGACAGAAAAAUGAACCCCAAGCCUAAAGGAAGCCCAAAUCUCCACGAAAAAUUACUAAAUGAAAUACGCAAAGGUAAGCAGUUGAGGAGAACACCAGAGCCUACCCUGAAAACAGUUAGGGAGAUCUAUUUUGAACAAAUUUCUCCAAGCCCAGAGGGAUCGCCGUAUGUUACUCCGAAGCGCAAAUGCCUAAAACCUGAAAUUCAAUUGGCAGAGUCAAUUAGCCGGUGGGAUUCACCUUCGCCUGACUCCGAGCACAGUCCGAUUGAGUACGAACUCGAUUCGCCAAAGAUUAAUCUUUUUGAGGUGGAUCCCUCAAGUCCUUUUGAUAGCUCAGACUAUGGGUCAGGAGGUAGCUUUAAAGCGACUUGCUACGAGCUCCAAAAAAAGCGUAAUUACAGUUCUUCGAGUGUAAGUUCAGUGGAGGAAGACUGUGUACAGAAUGUUUGUUUCCGUACAAGUUUUGACACUCUUCCAUACGACGACCGUCCACUUUUCCCGCCAUCACUGCGCUCCUUGCAAAACCUGAAAGUCACUUCUAAGAUCUACAUGACGCUGAAGGAGCUCAAGCACAUGAGGAAAACGCUUGCAAAGCUAGAGCUCGAAGCCCUGAGUCCUGACGAUCCGCUCUUCAAAGACCUGCGCAGUGGGAAACUUUGCUUUUGUUGCCAAAAACGAAAGUUUUCCCUAUUUGGUAAUUGGUCACGCGGAUGUGAGAUUUGUGAAAGUAAAGUCUGUAUCUAUUGUAUUCACAAGUUGGAACCGUCAAUGAGCUACGUGUUUCUGGAGAACUCCGAUAUCGAUCGUAGGGAUUCUGGAUUCUGCGAUGCGUAUUGGCCGUUCACACCGAAUAUACCUACGACACAGAGUUCUCCAAGCCUAGGAGCUGCACUCACAGAAACAAAACUACGUACUCAUAAGGUGUGUUCGUCUUGUAAAAGGUUUAUUUCUAUGUACUGUUAGAUGGUAGCUAAGCAACGUUGAAAUACAGCCGGAAUAGUCGAAUCUGAAUGUCUCUUGAACGCUUUAUAUAUAUAUUUGAAGCAAGUUCUUUCUACUUAAAAAAAUUCAUUGAUAUGUAUAAAUAAGAAUAUCAUAUCUAUUCAUAAAGAGUAGACAUUUAUACCAUUUUUUUGAUUUUCAAUCAUUUCCAAUGGAGUAAAAUGCCUAAAACCAUGGCCGCAAUGUAGGAAAAUUAAACAAUAUAAUUCCUUGAAAAAUCGUUUGUCAAACUCAAAUCUUCCAACAUGGCGGUUAUGACGUCAUGUGUACAUAUGUAAAAAAUAUAUAUAUUUAUUUUCUGUCCUGUGAUUGGUUGACACUGAAUGUAGGCGUGGUUUAUCUCACUAAUGUUAGUUUCGUAUUUGAUAGUUAUCACAUUGAAUAUUUAAGAUUUAAGUAUAGUGUUCAAUUGUUUAGCACAAUUUUAAAAGCUGUGUGGUUGCAUGUAUGUCAUACUUUGGGUCAAAUGUGUUUGGAAAAAUUUUUCUCUAGGCUAGUUAAAUUCUCGGCAAGCGAACAAGUAGUAAUAUCAAUCUCAAUCUUAUUCAAUCUAUUCAAUUUACAAGAACACAGACUGAAAGAAAUUACUGUUUUUCUGAAUGGAAUUUUGGCAUUUCUUUGUAUUUUCGUGUUAGCCUAGUCUCAUACGCAACCGCUAUUACUGUCGUCACGCAACGCUACUUAGGGGGAGUGAGCGUUGCGUGACGACACUAAUAGCGGCUGCGUAGGAGACUACUGUUGGCCUCGCAUUCAAGAUUAUUUUGAAAGUGGAACGCAUGAAUAUGAAUUCAGAAAUUAAUUGCCUUAAAACCAAAAUACAAUACUUAGUCAACCGGGCUAUCCAUGCUAAAUUAAGCAAUGAACACGCAUGCGACCCAGGUUUAUGUACAUGCAUGUAGCCUAGUACAUUUACUAUUUGCUUGAAGCAAGUUUAGCUGUACCUCUUUUUAUAUUACGCAUAUAAUGUGAGACCCAUGGUAUUUUUACUUGAUUCUGGUUCUCUCUUUGCACAUGUUUACAGCUAUUUAAAAAAGGAUUGGUGAGGGUUUUGUUGCAAGUUGUAUAUCGUACUGAAGUUGUUGCAUGUUGCAUGUUUUGUUUCAUGUUUCAUGUUGCAUGUUGCAUGUUGCAUGUUGCAUGUUGCAUGUUGCAUGUUGCAUGUUGCAUGUUGCAUGUUGCAUGUUGCAUGUUGCAUGUUGCAUGUCGCAUGUCGCAUGUCGCAUGUUGCAUGUUGCAUUCAUAUGUAACUAAUGUCAACUACACAGAAGAGCUUAUGCCGUAAAACGUGCAGACAAAGUUUAGGAAAAAUCUUAUUGUUGUGUGCUUUCGCUGAUUGUAUUCACAUCGCCCAUAGUGCAGUUCGGGCUUGGUAAGCAACAUGGAACAAAACCUUCACUGUAUCCUUUGCGGCCUCGCAAAAGAACGGUCAUAUGAAAUUGAACUGUCAGUGAAGCUGGACUCGUUGAAGUUUUGAAAAUCAGUCGUUGAUCGACUGACAUGAAGAUCAGCUACAACUCUUUUUUGAUAGUAACAUGAAAGCCUCGCUUUUACAACUCUAUCCAAAAAACAACAACAUAUCUAUCGUUCUGUACUUUAAUACUCCAUUCUUCAUCUUGCCAUACAUGUGAGCACAAAGUUUGUUCAUUGUUGCUUAUUAUCAUCUUGCUUGAGUCACGCAUGUCGCAUUGGUCACGUACAUUUGUGUCACACUCUGUCACACCUCGACUCAAUCUACUGCCUUCUUUUCGCGCGCGACGCGUUUUCUAUAAAUAAUUUUGUCACUCACGGGUUCACAAAUCAGCAAAUUUACUUUCCAUCUUUGAAAAAAUUUCAGUUUAUUUACUUUUUUUGAUAUUUAUUUUUUUGUCCGUACAUACAUUAUAUGCAAUAUAGAGAUGAAAACUUUCUAUAAAAAUAGUAUCAAUCUAUCGAAAAAGUUGUUCACGUUAAGUUAAUGUAUAUAUGUAUAUUAGGAAAAAAGCUGGUUAAUUUGCUUAGACUAGAAAUUUUGUCUUCCAGCCUCGUUUAGAAGUGUAUCAGAACGAGUCUGGAUACAUAGACUUCAGCUAGAGCAAAGAGCAUGAUGUGAUAGCUAUAGAUAGUCUGAUAGUGUGACAUAAAAUCAAAAAAUGUUGCUUAGAUAUUUUGUUAAUGAUAUAAAUCAAACAUAGAUGUUAAUGUCUUCAUGAUUUUUUUCCCCGACUGGUGGUCGAGGGAAGGUCGAGCUUGAUGGAGGGACUGGAAAAGAAGACUAGAUUAGAUAUGGGGGACAUGUCAAGUUUGGAUUUCUUUUCUCUUCUUCCCAUACAGGCAACGACUAGGCAGCGUCCAAGUUUAUGUAAAACCAACGAAAAACCAACUGAGGCUAUAGUCAAACGUCGAACUUAACAUGAGCCGAACCUAACGGAUAACGAGGCGGUCUUCAAGUGUCAUGAGGUUCGGCUCAUUUGAAGUUCGACGUUUGACAUAUGAGCCUAAUAUGUAACAAUUCUAAAAUAUCUAAGACAAAAGUAUUGAAAAAGAAGAACCUAUAAGGUGUUAGAGUUAAAAGCAAAUAACUUUUAGCAACACAAUCAGCUGGUCUGAAUGUUGCCAUCAUCUUCCACCUGGUGUGGUCAAAUGAUGAUGUAAAGUUUGCUUUAUAUCUUGUUGUUGACAUCAGUACACUGAUGCUUUUGACGCGUGAUACUUAAAAAAAAAAACAGAACGAAGUAUAAACUCGAUUGCAAAUUCAUUGUCAGGUUCAAAACAUAAAACACUGAGAAGCCGAAAGGAAAGAUAUUCUCGGAAACUACGUAAUUAUAUAUCUUUUGAUCUAUUUAUUUGAGACACACAGUCGAUAUGAAACAUACUUUCUGUCAGUGCAACAAUUUAUGAACAUUGCAGGACGGUUGUAUCUCUAGAUACAUCUUUAAAAUUAACAACAUACUUCCCAAGUACCACUCCCGUCUCAGCUUCUAUGUUCUCAUAUAUGUUUUAAAACCUUGACAAUUAUUCUUUGCAAUUCAUAGUAUAUACUUCUUGUGACAAUGUAACGCAUCGAAGAGCCCUGAAUAAAACAUUUAACAUCUGUG